GUCGCAUUUGUCAUAAAAAGCUAUGGAUCGAACGACAUAGCGUUCAACAAGACAAUGACUAUAAUCUCGUCCGCGCUGCUCAGAAAAAUCUACUACGUAGCCCCUAGUUAAAACAUUUUCAUCAUAAAAUUCCCAGACAGAUCAAAGUAAGGUAGGUCGCCCCUGCGCCCUUUCUAAACCAUGGUACUACUAGCUCAUGCAUUAUUAAGACUCAUCGCCAUGUCCUCUACCACCUAUGUUCCAGAAACAGAGACACCUCUAUUUCAUGUUCACCAAGGAACACGAAUACAUACUCAGCAGACAGAAUGGGUAAGCGCAAACCCUACCCUUCAGGUCGACCCGCAAAGAAGAGUGUAGCUGCAAGAGGAGAAGAAGUGCAAGGAACGAUAUUCUUCUACAUGCCUAAGGAAAAGCCGUACGGUGUUUUUUGCCAAUGGCAUACCAGCCCGUUCAGCAUACCCAUCGCCUCACUGCAGUGGCUCGUUGACAUGGCGCCUUCACCACCAACACCUCGAACUGCGUCUUCGUUGAUUCUAAAUCUCACAACCUCUAUACGAACAACGUCUACAGAAUCCUCGACUAUCCUCUCUACUCACACCGUAUCAAACUCAACCAUACUAUUUACUUGCGCCGAGCAAUCCUACAUGUUCUGUAAAGCCGUCUAUUUCUCGGACGCCAACACUGCCCGUCUUAUCCUCUUGACUUCAGACCCUAAAGAACAAAAGAAGCAUGGUCAGAAGGUCAAGAACUUCGAUUUCAAUGAAUGGGGAAGAGUGAAAAGUAGGGUUGCUAGAGUGGGGAAUUGGUACAAGUAUACGGAUACUAAGAAUAAACAUAUGAAGAGUGUCUUGCUAGGGACACAAGGAAGAGAAAUAGCAGAAGCGGCUCGGAGAGAUCGUAUCUGGGGGAUCGGAUACAGAUCAGAUGAAGCAGAAACGUACAGAGAUUCUUGGGGAGAGAAUCUGUUAGGGAGGUGUUUGAUGGAUGUAAGAGAUAGGAUUGUGGAAAUUGACAAAAAGAUGGCAGAAAGGGACCCGGAAGGGAAUGAAGACUGGGAGUGGGACGGACUUCUAGGCGAUGAGGAGGCUUUCGAAUGGCUUGCUGGUGCUGAAGUCCCAGAAAGAUGAGAUUUAGAGUUCCUCCACCUCUCCCUCUUGAGGCCGUGGCCCAUGCCUCUCCAAAUCCUCAACCACCAACCUCGCCACUAUCGCAUGUCCCUUUGGUCUCAGAUGGAAAACUCUCUUAUAGCUAUCCGGCAACAACCAAUGGAUCGAAUCGCCCAACCAUCCUUCUUUUUCUAUUCCUCCGUCUUUUCCUCCUUUCGUCU